GUAGAUAAACGAUAUCUGAACCAGUAUCAUACUGAUUGCAGUAGUAUCUGAUGAUAAAAAAUUCAACCGCAGUCUUAGCGAGAACUAGAAACAAUGCAGUUUGUUUAAAAUGGGGGGUAAACAAUCGAAAAAAACGAGCGAACAAUCUAAGCUAGAUCUUCUUACAAAAGUUGAUGACAGUGUACAAAAUGUAAAUAGUAAUGUAUAUAGUAUCGGAAAUUUAAAUGAUAGUGGUAAAAAUGGUACCGUGAAUUUAAAUAAGUUAGAUAGACAACAUAUCGAAUAUAUUAAACAAGAUUUACGUGAUACACCUGAACUGUUUGUAUUAAAUAACAUGAUUAUGGCUGUGAUGUUUUUUGAGGAUUAUAACAAAUGUAAAGACAACUUGUUACAAAAUAAAUUGAGAAAUCCAGAAGAUUUCAUAACGCCUGAUGAUAUGUUUGAAUUUGUCAACGAGAAUACGAUAUUUCGUCCUCACCACGGUCCAAAAAAAUUUGAAUCUGAGCCUUUGAUUCCCAAAAGAAUAUUUAUGCCCAACAAUACAGUAAGGGUAUUAGGAUCGACAGAAGAUGCAGUAGAAGAAAAUAAUGAUGAAGCCGUCGUUAGAAUAGAAGAAUCUCAAAGAAAAGGUUACAUCAAAUUAAGGGAACUGAAAAAAACAAACAUUAGAGAUAGUGGUUCUCCUAUACUUCCUUUAGAUUCAAUAGAAAGCAAUUCUAGGAGUUCCUCCGCUUCUUCAGAAACGGCAUACACGACUAUUUCGAAUCUUAAAACUCCCAAACCCAUGGAUAUAAAUGCAGCUCUAGAAAAACAAGCUUCACAAUCAACUGGUUUUCCUAGAUCCUGUUUUUCUUACCGAAAAAUUAAGAAGAUUUCUUGGGAUCCCGAUGAACUCAAAGGUGAAAAUAUAUCUGAAGACGACUUAUUUGAAAUAGUGUCAUACAUAAAUUCGAAAAACUUUAUGACGCAUAUUCAGAAUGAACCAAUUUUAAACGAAGUCGCCUCAAAAUUAGGUGUCGAUUUAGAAGACAUAUGCGAAGCAAAAGUGAUUCAAGAAAAAAUUUAUUGUAACGUUAGUAUAGAAGAAAAAUACAUCCCGUGCGAAAUAAUGCCUUGUAUUAAAGCAAAAUGGCCUUUGGAGCAAACCUUAACUUUUCUCAGUAAGGGAGAACGCGAUGCCGAACCGAGGCAAAGAUUUGUUUUCCCAACAUCGUAUAUGAUUGAAGAAAUUAAAACUUUAGAUUGUGUCUUAUUACCUAAAGGAUACAUAGAAACUAAAGGGAAACGCAACGACGUGGAUAUAUCAUGGGAAUUAUGCUUUCCACAAGCACAAAAAUAUUUAGAAACGUGCAUGUCAUAUUCGCAAAUCAAAAGUUUGUUACUUCUCAUAACUCUUCACAAGACUUUUAUCGAACCUAAAACUAAACAUUUAGGGUUGACGGUGGAUCAUAUUCGAAAUUUUUUACUUUUAGAAUGCGAAUCAAAUUGUAGUGAUUGGCCUGAACAUAGAUUGGGUAGUAAACUAAUUAAAGUUAUUAAAAGACUGAAUAGUCACCUCUCCAAAGCUCAUCCACACAUUCCCGACUUCUUCGUUUCCGGUAAAAAUAUACUCAACGACGUAGCAAAUAGAGAAAUUAGAAAAUCUCAUAAGGUUUUAGAUGAAAUUCUACAAGCACCUGUUAUGCACUUUAUGAUUGCCCUGAGAAAUAUUCGAUACACCAACGGCAAAACCUUUUAUCCUCCUCUAAAUUUUAAAAAUCUCUACGAUAUUUUAGUAAAAACUGGCAUAGAACACUCCAAUCCACAACUCGCUGCUAAAACCAUCAAAAAACCAAAAUAUUCCGAUCCCGAAAUGACAUUUUUAAUGUUCAAAGACGUUAAAAAGAGGAGAACAAUUUUAAAACAAAGGAUUGAGCAAGAGGAAAUGGAAGAGAGGAGGAAAAAAGAAGCGGAGGAUAAGCGAAGGGGAUCUAUUGACUCGAUAAACGUCGAAUGGACAUGUGAAAAAGAUUUUGAUAUACACAAGAAAAGAGCCCUGAUACUAUUUUUCAUAAACACCUUCCUGGGCAUAGCAAAGAAAGGUUUGAAGUUGUCGAAGAUGAGGGCGAAAUUUUAUCUUAAGCAAGCGUAUUAUUUAGCAAAAAUUUUAGAAGAACAGUGUCCAGCGUUCACCGACGACGUGAAAGAUCAUUUGAAAACCAUAAAUGAACUGGAAAAACAAUGUGUUAGUAAUUACGGACAUAAGGAAGACUUAAAUAGUACAAGACCAUUUAACAAAAAAGUACCAAUAACAAAUAUCACGAAUACUAAAAAGAUUACUGCUAUUAAUGAGGGUAAGACAAGGAAAAGUGUAACAUUUAUAGAAAAUCACAAAAAAUCAACGUGACUAACCUCAACUUUAAAAUUCAUUGAAUACAAACUUUUGAAAAGUAGCACUGUUCACAAGUAUACCGAGUUGUAGUCAAAACCGACUAGUCGUAACCAAAUCAUACGAACCAAUUCAAAAUUUUAUUUUACCGAGAACAAUCUUAGUUUACCCAGUUGCGUCGUGGAUUUCUCUCCUUUCAAUCAAGAUAGUUUUGGCAUGACUAGCUUGGCCAAGAGAUCAGACUCAUUCAUCAGCUGGGUGCAACUCAAAUCAUUCAUUCUCCAACUAUUUUCCCUUGAGACACAAGUCGUUGGCGACGAGAAUAGGAUGCUUUUCUAUCCAAUAACUCUUUUAUCCAUCAAGCUCUCUAAGUGUAAAAGAGCCUAGACAAUAAUUUAUCUGGGAAUUCAAGACGUUCAACUAUUCGGCUCUAUUACGGGAAAAUUUGGAUAGCUGAUGAUGUGGCACACCAACCGCUUGGAACCGAAGAAAUUUUUGACGUGAAUCGGAAACUUUUGGUAAUUCUGCGCUAUUAGAAAAUUUUAGUAUUUCAACUCUAUGGUUGAGAUAGAUUCAGGUAGCAAUUUGAAGCGCCACAACAAUUGGUUGAUUAGCCAAGAAACAUGCCACAGAAAAUGUCCUGUGGUAUUCCGCUGAAUGCUGAUGAUAAGCUAGAUGGUAGAUGACCGUUUCAUGGUCCUCCCCGAUAUCAGAAGAUGGUGCGCCGGAAGAGCAACGUCAUCAAGCUUACACCCCUUGAUAUUUAAGAGAUUUUGUUGGCAAUAUCGACCGGGUGGAAGACUAUUAUAAAUAACAGUUCCAGUGAAUGAAGUUAUGUCCAAUUGUAGAUGUUUAGCAUUAGUCAGUGAUACCCGAUAGUAGGUUUUGAGUAAAGUACAAAAAUACAUUGUGUAUACGUGUGUGCAGAUCACGUGUGCUCAUACAAUCCACCCGUAAGGUCACAAUUUCACUAUUGCUUUUUGUCAUUUAUGUCACACUAUUUUGUAAUAAUGACAAAACAAGAACUAUUAGGUAGAUAAGUCGUUGACCCAUGAACACGGAACUAAAAAUUAGGAUCCGAAUUAAUCCAGAAUAACCAUUUGGAAAGUGUGCAUGAACUAUCUCGGAAUCAAAAUCAUGAACGAAACUAAUUUUUUGAAAUAUUUCGCAUCUAAGUUGUAAAAUUGGUAAUUUUUUUAGUUUUUUUUUUAAGAAUAAUAAUUCGAUCAUUUUCAUUUUGUUGUAAAUAUGUUAUCAUUUUCAUUAAUAUAAUCUUUUUCUACGA